UCUCACGCUAGCUCAUAAAUUUAGUGUGUAAUAUGAUAAAUACUAUUAAAUAUUAUGGUUUCACCGUCAUAACAGCCCUCUGAAGGGAAACUGUAACAACAAUGUGGCCCGCGACAAAAAUGAGUUUGACACCGCUCAAGAAUGAGCAAAUGUCCUGUGAGAAAAGUGGGUCAGCGCUAACGGACUGCGCGACCCGCACAGGACAAGAGACAGCUGUUCCUAUAAAUAACCCGCCGCCCCGAUCUCACCUCCCUCGAGACCAGGCGUCGCAUUACAACAACCCGGACCGCCACCAGACGACCCGCUCGGCCCGAAAGCAAAACAAGCCGCCGGCGGUUGUUAGUCGACGGGACAACCCGCCCGAGUUCAAGGCAUGAAGUCGUUACGGUUUUUGUCAUCCGAGGCCUUCGUCCGAAGCGGCCCCGGGGCGGAGGAUCACCUGGCCGGCGUGUCUUUCCACGCGUACCCGCACCUCUUCAAGGCCUGCUACCUGCACGAGCGGCCGGACUUGUUGCGGGCUGUGGUGCGGACGUGGCCGCUGCCCGAGCUCCACCUGGGCCGCCUCCUGGGGCGGACGCCCGACUGCCCCGCCGACCUGACCUCGCGCACCUGCCGGGUGUGUCUCACCGCGCUUUUCCUGGGAUUGAAGGACUACGUGUUGUCUCCGCCGAGCACGUACGCCAAAAUCCUGCACACGGUGGACCUGACACCCUUGAGGGACGUGGAGCGGCAAGCGUGCCCGUGCGGGGCCACCCUGGGCCGCUGGGCUCGCACCGGGCUGCUGAGCCAGCUGUGCUACGAGACGGCCGCCGCCACGGAGGGCGACGCGCCCCCCUCGGCGUUCCGCGCCGCCGUGGACGUGCGUCUCAACGGCUUCGUCACGGGCCGCAACUACGAGCUGGUGACGCAGGCCUUGAUCCCGGCGCGCCGCGUGGCCCUCAGGCCGCAUUUGGUGACCCUGCGCGCAGACUCCCUCGCCCUCAGGCAGCUUUUUUACCUCCUGCGACUGGCCCGGCCGGAGUCCCUGCGCAAGCUGGAGGUGGUGCACAACGUCCCGCUGCAGGCCGCCCACCUGGAGGUGCUGCUGUCCAGGGUGGACUUCCCCGGGCUGCGAUCCCUCACGCUGCCCACGGGGGCGCUGGACGUCAGGAGGUUGGGAGCGGACGAGCGCCAGCUGACCGCCGUCCUCGGCAACCUGAUGGCCAAACUCACCGGCUUGACCGAGCUCUCCGUGGGAUUCUCCACGCUGACGGGACAUCUGAGGAACCUACUCAGCCCCCUCCGGACCCCCCUCGAAAGCUUGGAGCUGGCCAACUGCAGCCUGAGCCGCGUGGACAUGACCUACCUGGCCAACAGCCUGCACAGCGAGUACCUGGUCCGCCUGGACUUGAGCGGCCAUCGCGUCCUGGAUGACUUCGCCGUGGCCUUCCUCAAGCUGCUGGGCCGCUGCUCGGGCUCGCUGGCCGCCCUGGCCCUGGAGGAGUGCGCCCUGGAGGACGCCGACAUCUUGGCGGACGCGUUGUCCCGCUGCCGGGCGCUGGAGGAACUCCGGUUGCUGGGCAACCCUUUGGGCGCCGGCGCCCAGCGGAGGCUCGUGACGGCGUUGUCGGUGGGGUUCCCCGAGCUCAGGUACGUGGAGCUUCCGGUGCCCCGCGAAUGCUACCCGGAGGACGCGGCGUACCCGCUGGACGACGCGGCCCUUCUUCGGUACGACGUGGCGCUCUUUCAGGAGCUCAGGGAGCAACUGCUCGGGAUCCUGGCGGGAGCCGGCAGAGGGGACGUGGACGUGUGCACGCCCCUCUUGGGCGCCUACGAUCCCGAUAUUCACGAGACCAACAACGAGCUGGGGGUGUCCAUGUUGAAAUCCUUUAACAGCAUCGUGGGCAACUUUAUCGAGACCAUCGCAGACGUCAACAACAGGAGGUCAAACAAAAACAACUGACCAAUCGGAUCGCGCCAUCAAUUCAGUGUACGUGCUUGUAUGUACAUAUGAUAUGAUUUGAGUUCACGCCUGACUUCAUGACGCCAUCUUUGCGGGAUCCUGUCUCUACAUAUCACUAACGUGAAUGCAUAAUUAACUUACUAACAACAACAACAAAAAUGAUAGUUAGUGAGACUGGAAACAUCAGAUUCCAAUAAUACAAAAAUGCAUUUCCAGAAGAAAAAGACAUUUAGAAUGAAAAUCAAGUGAACCCCUAUCAUUUCACUGCCUCCAGGUGCCACAAGAUGGCAGCAUUGUGCCUAGUCAACAUACAUACAUCGUUGACACUAAGAGGCCAAAAGAUGGCGCUAAAGCAACACUAAAAAUCAAAACUAUAAGCCUAGUUCCCAAAUAAUAGGAUAGGUUCAAUAAUAAUAAUAAU